UCACAGUCCAAGUCGGCCUAGGCCAGUGUGGCUUGGUCCAUAAUACCAGCACCAUGCCCAUGACACUUGGUUACUGGGACAUCCGCGGGCUGGCCCAUGCCAUCCGCCUGCUCCUGGAAUACACAGACACAAGCUAUGAGGAGAAGAGAUACAUGAUGGGGGACGCUCCUGACUAUGACAGAAGCCAGUGGCUGAGUGAGAAGUUCAAGCUGGGCCUGGACUUCCCCAAUCUGCCCUACUUGAUUGAUGGAGCUCACAAGCUCACCCAGAGCAAUGCCAUCCUGCGCUACAUUGCCCGCAAGCACAACCUGUGUGGGGAGACAGAGGAGGAGAAGAUUCGUGUGGACAUUUUGGAGAACCAGGCUAUGGAUGUCUCCAAUCAGCUAGCCAGAGUCUGCUACAGCCCAGACUUUGAGAAACUGAAGCUAGAGUAUUUGGAGCAACUCCCUGGAAUGAUGAAGCUCUUCUCAGAGUUCCUGGGGAAGCAGCCAUGGUUUGUUGGUGACAAGAUCACCUUUGUGGAUUUCCUGGCUUAUGAUAUCCUUGACUUGCACCGCAUAUUUGACCCCAAAUGCUUGGACACAUUUCCAAACCUGAAAGACUUCGUUUCUCGCUUUGAGGCUGAGGGAGGCUGGGGAACGGGCAAGUGCCGCACUUACCUUCGGACAGACAAGAGCUGA